CACCCAAAACAGGAAUCCAACGUUGUAAUCACCGUCAAAACAUCCUCCCUUCGGUUUUUUCAAUUUCCCAUUCUUCCUUCCUCCAAAUCUUCAGAAUUCCCCAAAAACUCUUUCUAAUUUCUCUUUCUUUAAAACAAUGACUUCAUUGAUUUUGGAUGUCCCGAUUCAUACAACUGUUCCUUCAUCUAAACUGCAUGACCAUUAAUCUUUCCCUGCUUGGACGCCACCAUCUCCAUCUACCAUGCCCGAAUCCAUCCACUCUUCCUCAACUCCUGAUAUGGACUGCUCCUCUGUGAGGUUUGUUCAUUCAAUAAACGAGGCCGGUCGCCUUCUUCCUUCUGCCAGCCGCUGGAACUCCAUAGCAAUUGACUACAACGUCCUGCCUAGAUCUUCCAUUGCAUAUGAUUCAUUACCCUCCGUCUACUCUAAGUCUGUUGAGUUCAAUCUUGUCGUCAGAGAUAAGACCCACCUCAAACGUUUUGUUUACAUCUCAGUUUUUCUGGUCUUGGCCAUUGUUGCGCUUGUUGUACUGCUGCAUUUUUUGCCUCACAAACAUGGCCACCAUGGUUCCUCUAAGAACCUCACACAUGCAAUCAACCAAGCUCUCACCUUCUUCGAAGCUCAAAAGUCUGGGUAUCUCCCAAAGAACAGUUCUGUAAGUUUUCGAGGGGAUUCUGGUUUGCAAGACGGGAAUUCAAGCGGCCAUAAUCUUGUCGGUGGUUUUUAUGAUUCAGGAAACAACAUAAAAUUCAGUUUUCCUACUGCAUAUACCAUUACCCUCUUGAGUUGGACUGUGAUUGAAUAUCAUCAGAAGUAUGCGGAUAUCGGUGAGCUUGAACAUGUCAAGGACAUCAUCAAAUGGGGCAGUGACUACUUGCUCAAGCUCUUUAUUCCUCCAAUUAAAUCUACUUCCAGUUCUACUACCAUUCUGUAUUCUCAGGUUGGAAGUACUAGUAAUGAUGCAUUUAACGAUGUGAACUGCUGGCAAAGGCCUGAGGACAUGAGCUAUUUGAGACCAGUUUCUAUUUGCAACAGCACUGCUUCUGAUCUAGCAGGGGAAAUUGUUGCAGCAUUAUCAGCUGCAUCACUGGUAUUCAGAGAAGAUACGGGUUAUUCAGGAGAAUUAAUCAAAGGAGCUGAGAAAUUGUUUGAGCUUGCAACUGCAGUAGACCCUCGUAUGCAAGGAACUUACACCAGGUCUGAUGCUUGUGGAGGACAAGCAAGACAGUUCUAUAACUCAUCAGGCUUCGAAGAUGAGCUGGUUUGGGCAGGGACUUGGCUGUUCUUCGCCACUGGAAACACCACUUACCUUAGAAAUGCGACGGAGAAGUUCGCUUCUGCAGAGACUGAAGAAAUGCCUUCUGAGAAAUGGAUUUUUUAUUGGAACAAUAAGAUUACCGCCAAUGCGGUUUUGCUAACCCGGCUUAGAUUCUUCCUUGAUCCUGGGUACCCAUAUGCGGCUGCUCUGCAACCAUCAACAACCAGAACUGACUUGCUCAUGUGCUCCUAUCUUUCUAACUAUAUCUUCAACAACACACCAGGUGGAUUGAUCCUCUUAAGACCUGAUCAUGGUAAACCACUCCAGUUUGCUGCAACAGCGUCUUUUCUUAGUAAACUCUAUAGCGAUUACCUUGAUCUGUUGCGUCAAUCAGGUGGGAGUUGCGGUGGUUACAACUACACCCUUGAAAUGUUGCAAAGCUUCUCCAUGUCUCAGGUUAAUUACAUUCUGGGUGAUAAUCCUAUGAAGAUGAGCUAUGUGGUGGGAUUUGGAGACAGCUAUCCAAUCCAUGUUCACCAUAGGAGUGCGUCGAUCCCUUGGGAUGGUCAUCAAUAUUCUUGUGAGGAUGGAGAUAAAUGGCUACACUCUGAAGAUCCAAAUCCAAAUACCCUUUUGGGAGCCAUGGUAGGAGGACCAGACCAACAUGACAAAUUCUUAGAUGAUAGGAAGAAACCAUGGUUCACAGAACCAAGCAUAUCAAGCAAUGCUGGUUUAGUUGCUGCACUUAUUGCGCUUCAUGAUCAUCCUUGUGAGUCUUCAAAUUCUAAUUGUGUUGGGUCAGGUAUAGAUAAGAUGGGCAUCUUUACAAAUAUCCAUUCAUUUCCUUCCCCUCCCUGAAAGUUUCACAUUCUGUUCUGACAGCUAACAAUUUAGCUAAUAAAUCAUGGAAAUGAUGAAAAAGGUUUAUUUGAAGACAA